CGGGGCGCCCGUGGCUGCUGCUGGGCUCCAGGUGCGGUGGGCGGGAGGCGUCUGGGCUGCGGCUGCGGACGACACCGACCCUCCGCGGCGCAUCCGAGACGGGGCCCCCGCGGCCCCCCGCAGUCGCUCCGCCCUGCGGGGCCGUUCUGCCUCGAGUCCCCUGCCCCGAGCAGCCGAGGGCGAAUGAAUGAGCGAGCGCCCCGGCGCCGGCCUUCCCACGGGUGACGCGUCGGCGGCGAGGAGCGGCGCGGGCCCGGGACGAGCAUGAACCGGGCCAAGCCCACCGCCGUGCGCCGGCCCAGCGCGGCGGCCAAGCCCUCAGGGCACCCUCCGCCAGGAGACUUCAUUGCUCUGGGCUCAAAGGGUCAGGCCAGUGAGUCGAAGACGGGCUCCACCCUGCUGAAGCCGGCCCCCUCCGGCCUGCCUUCGGAGCGCAAGCGGGAUGCUGCGGCCGCUUUGGCCGGUGCCUCUGCCCUGACCGGCCUCACCAAGCGUCCCAAACUCUCCUCCACGCCCCCUCUGAGUGCCCUGGGGCGCCUGGCUGAGGCCGCGGUGGCAGAGAAGCGCGCUAUCUCUCCCUCAAUUAAAGAACCGUCUGUGGUCCCGAUUGAAGUUCCCCCCACAGUGCUGCUGGACGAGAUCGAGGCUGCAGAGCUGGAGGGCAAUGACGACAGGAUCGAGGGCGUGCUGUGCGGGGCUGCAAAGCAGCUGAAGGUCACCCGGGCCAAGCCGGACAGCAUCCUGUACCUGAGCCUCAUGUACUUGGCCAAAAUCAAGCCAAACAUCUUCGCCACGGAGGGUGUCAUCGAGGCUCUGUGCAGCCUCCUGCGGCGGGACGCCUCCAUCAACUUCAAGGCCAAGGGGAACAGCCUCGUGUCCGUUCUGGCUUGUAACCUGCUGAUGGCCGCAUACGAGGAGGACGAGAACUGGCCCGAGAUCUUCGUCAAGGUGUACAUCGAGGACUCCCUGGGGGAGCGGAUCUGGGUGGACAGCCCACACUGCAAGACAUUCGUGGACAACAUCCAGACAGCCUUUAACACCAAGAUGCCCCCCAAGAGCAUGCUCUUGCAGGGGGAGGCGGGGCGCAGUGGAGGGGAUCUCAGUGCUGGGAACAGCCCUCACCCUGCCCUCACUGAGGAGGAGGACAGCCAGACAGAGCUCCUGAUCGCCGAGGAGAAGCUCAGCCCCGAGCAGGAGGGCCAGCUCAUGCCCAGGCCUAGGUAUGAUGACCUCACAGAGAGCGUGGAGGAGUACGUUCUCGACAUGCUCCGGGACCAGCUCAACCGGCGCCAGCCCAUCGAUAACGUCUCUCGGAACCUCCUGCGGCUGCUCACCUCCACCUCUGGGUAUAAAGAGGUGCGACUGAUGACGGUGCAGAAGCUAGAGAUGUGGCUGCAGAACCCCAAGCUGACCCGGCCAGCCCAGGACCUGCUGAUGUCCGUGUGCAUGAACUGCAACACGCACACCUCCGAGGACAUGGAUGUCAUUUCCCACCUGAUCAAAAUCCGCCUCAAGCCCAAAGUUCUCCUCAACCACUACAUGCUCUGCAUCAGGGAACUGCUGAAUGCGCACAAGGACAACCUGGGCACCACCAUCAAGUUCGUGAUUUUCAACGAGCUCUCCAACGCGCGGAACCCAAACAACAUGCAGACGCUCUACACCGUGCUGCAGCACAGCCCGGAGCUGGCGCCAAAGUUCCUGGCCAUGGUGUUCCAGGACCUGCUGACCAACAAGGACGACUACCUGCGGGCCUCGCGGGCCCUGCUCCGGGAGAUCAUCAAACAGACCAAGCACGAGAUCAACUUUCAGGCCUUCUGCCUCGGGCUCAUGCAGGAGCGCAAGGAGCCCCAGUACCUGGACAUGGAGUUCAAGGAGCGCUUCGUGGUGCACAUCACGGACGUGCUGGCCGUGUCCAUGAUGCUGGGCAUCACGGCCCAGGUGAAGGAGGCCGGCAUCGCCUGGGACAAGGGAGAGAAGAAGAACCUGGAGGUGCUCCGCUCUUUCCAGAACCAGAUCGCUGCCAUCCAGCGGGACGCCGUGUGGUGGCUCCACACCGUCGUGCCCUCCAUCAGCAAGCUCGCCCCCAAGGACUACGUGCACUGCCUCCACAAGGUGCUCUUCACGGAGCAGCCGGAGACCUACUACAAGUGGGACAACUGGCCACCCGAGAGUGACCGCAACUUCUUCCUCCGCCUGUGCUCGGAGGUGCCCAUCCUGGAGGACACGCUGAUGCGCAUCCUGGUCAUUGGGCUGUCCCGGGAGCUCCCGCUCGGCUCCGCAGACGCCCUGGAACUUGCUGACCACCUGGUGAAGCGAGCUGCGGCCGUGCAGGCGGAUGAUGUGGAAGUGCUGAAGGUGGAGAGGAUCCAGCUGAUCGAUGCCGUCCUGAACCUGUGCACCUACCACCACCCGGAGAACAUCCAGCUCCCGGCAGGGUAUCAGCCUCCGAACCUCGCCAUCUCCACCCUCUACUGGAAGGCAUGGCCCCUCUUGCUGGUUGUUGCCGCCUUCAACCCAGAGAACAUUGGCCUGGCCGCCUGGGAGGAGUACCCCACGCUGAAGAUGCUCAUGGAGAUGGUGAUGACCAAUAACUACUCCUACCCGCCGUGCACCCUGACGGACGAGGAGACCCGGACAGAGAUGAUUAAUCGGGAGCUGCAGAUCGCUCAGCGGGAGAAGCAGGAGAUCCUGGCGUUCGAGGGGCACCUGGCGGCUGCUUCCACCAAGCAGACCAUCACCGAGAGCAGCAGCCUUCUCCUGUCCCAGCUCACCAGCCUGGACCCCCAGGGGCCGCCCCGGAGGCCUCCCCCUCACAUUCUGGAUCAAGUGAAAGGCCUCAACCAGUCCCUUCGCCUUGGGCACCUGCUGUGUCGGAGCCGAAACCCAGACUUCCUCCUCAACAUCAUCCAGAGGCAGGCCUCCUCGCAGUCCAUGCCCUGGCUGGCCGACCUGGUGCAGUCCAGCGAGGGCUCCCUGGACGUGCUGCCCGUGCAAUGCCUGUGCGAGUUCCUGCUGCAUGAUGCCGCCGACGACUCCGCCUCCGGGGAGGAGCAGGAGGAGGGCGAGAGCAGGGAGCAGAAGGCCAAGAAGCGGCAGAGGCAGCAGAAGCAGAGGCAGCUGCUGGGCCGCCUGCAGGACCUGCUGCUGGGCCCGAAGGCUGACGAGCAGACCACGUGCGAGGUGCUGGACUACUUCCUGCGGCGCCUCGGCUCCUCCCAGGUGGCCUCCCGGGUGCUGGCCAUGAAGGGCCUGUCCCUGGUGCUCUCGGAGGGCAGCCUGCGGGAUGGGGAGGAGAAGGAACCCCCCAUGGAGGAGGACUCGGGGGACUCGGAGACACUGCAGGGCUACCAGUGGCUGCUGCGGGACCUGCCCAGGCUGCCUCUGUUCGACAGCGUCAGGACCACCACCGCCCUGGCGCUGCAGCAGGCCAUCCACAUGGAGACCGACCCGCAGACCAUCAGCGCCUACCUGGUCUACCUGUCCCAGCACACGCCCGUGGAGGAGCAGGGCCAGCACAGCGACCUGGCCCUGGACGUGGCUCGGCUCAUCGUGGAGCGCUCCACCAUCAUGUCGCACCUCUUCUCCAAGCGGUCCUAUGGUGCCGAGUCGGAUGCCGUGCUGGUGGCCCUGCUCUCCAUCUUCUCCCGCUACGUGAGGCGCAUGCGCAAGAGCAAGGAAGGGGAGGAGGUCUACAGCUGGUCAGAGUCUCAGGACCAGGUCUUCCUUCGCUGGACCAGUGGGGAGACGGCCACCAUGCACAUCCUGGUGGUCCAUGCCAUGGUCAUCCUCCUGACCCUGGGGCCGCCCCGUGCUGGUGACGGCGAGUUCCGUGCUCUCCUCGACAUCUGGUUCCCGGAGAAGAAGCCCCUGCCCACGGCCUUCCUGGUGGACACGUCGGAGGAGGCGCUGCUGCUGCCCGACUGGCUGAAGCUGCGCAUGAUCCGCUCCGAGGUCCCCCGCCUGGUGGAUGCUGCCCUGCAGGACCUGGAGCCCCAGCAGCUGCUGCUCUUUGUGCAGUCCUUCGGCAUCCCCGUGUCCAGCAUGAGCAAGCUCCUCCAGUACCUGGACCAGGCAGUGGCCCACGACCCCCAGACGCUGGAGCAGAACAUCAUGGAUAAGAAUUACAUGGCUCACCUGGUCGAGGUUCAGCACGAGAGAGGGGCGUCUGGAGGCCAGACUUUCCACUCUCUGCUUACAGCCUCCCUGCCUCCCAGACGAGACAGCACGGAGGCCCCAAAGCCCAAGAGCAGCCCGGAGCAGCCUCCAGGCCAGGGCAGGGUCCGGGCUGGGACGCAGGUGCCGGCACUUGGCCCCGAGGACGACUUGGCUGGAAUGCUCCUGCAGGUCUUCCCGCUGAGCCCGGGCCCGCGGUGGCAGAGCUCCAGCGCCCGCCCUGUGGCCCUCGCGUUGCAGCAGGCCCUAGGCCAGGAGCUGGCGCGAGUCCGCCAGGGGAGCCCCGAGGUGACGGGCAUCGCGGUGCGCCUCCUGCAGGCCAUCGCCACCCUGCUGAACUCCCCGCACAGCGGGGCCCUGGUGAUGUCCAUGCACCGGCACCACUUCCUCGCCUGCCCCCUGAUGCGCCAGCUCUGCCAGUACCAGCACUGCGUGCCCCAGGACACUGGCUUCUCGUCGCUCUUCCUCAAAGUGCUCAUGCAGAUCCUGCAGUGGCUGGACAGCCCCGCUGUGGAGGGCGGGCCCCUGCAGGCCCAGCUCAAGCUGUUCGCUGCCCAGUACUCGGCACGGCGCAGGAUCACCGACGUGCGGAGUGGCUUCCUGCACCUGGCGGAGGCCCUGACCUUCCGCGGGGACUUGGAGGUGGUCAACUCAACUGUCCGGGCCCUCGUCACCACCCUCAAGUCUGGGGAGAAGUGUGGUGUGGAGCCUGAGCUUGUCAGCAAAGUCCUCCGGGGUCUGAUCGAGGUGAGGUCUCCUCACCUGGAGGAACUGUUGGGCGCCCUCUUCUCUGCCACCUCUGCGUUCACGGCCUUGAGGCCCAUUGUGGUGGUGAGCUCCCUGCUGCUACAGGACAAGGAAGAGCCCGCAACCCCGGGGAAGCAGGAUGCCGACGGGGGCAGCCUGGAGGCCGUGCGGCUGGGACCCUGCUCGGGGCUCCUCGUCGACUGGCUGGAGAUGCUGGACCCCGAAGUGAUUAGCACCUGCCCGGACCUGCAGCAGAGGCUCCUGUUCUCCCGGAGCAAGGGCAAAGGUCAUCCCGGCCCCCAGGUGCCGUCUUUCCGACCGUACCUCCUAGCCCUGCUCACGCAUCAGUCCAGCUGGUCCACGCUGCACCAGUGCAUCCGCAUCCUGCUGGGCAAGCACCGGGAGCAGAGGUUCGACCCAUCUGCCUCUCUGGACUUCCUCUGGGCCUGCAUCCACGUUCCUCGGAUCUGGCAGGGAAGGGACCAGCGCACCCCUCAGAAGCGGCGGGAAGAGCUAGUGCUGCGGGUCCAGGCUCCAGAGCUCACCAGGCUGGUGGAACUGAUCCUGGCUGAGGCGGAGGCCCGGAGCCAGGAUGGGGACGCCGCCGCCUGCAGUCUCCUCCAGGCCCGGCUGCCUCUGCUGCUCAGCUGUUGUCAUGGGGACGACGAGAGCGUCAGGAAGGUGACGGCGCAUCUGACAGGCUGCAUCCAGCAGUGGGGCGACAGCGUGCUGGGCCAGCGCUGCCGUGACCUCCUCGUGCAGCUCUACCUGCAGCGGCCGGAGCUCCGGGUCCCCGUGCACGAGGUCCUGCUGCACAGCGCGGGCGCCACCGGCAGCAGCGUCUGCAAGCUGGACGGUCUCAUUCACCGCUUUAUCACCCUCCUCGCGGACACCAGUGACUCCCGGUCCUCCGAGAACCGAGUGGCUGACGCCAACAUGGCCUGUCGAAAGCUGGCGGUGGCCCACCCCCUCCUGCUGCUCAGGCACCUGCCCAUGGUGGCCGCGCUGCUCCACGGCCGCACUCACCUCAACUUCCAGGAGUUCCGCCAGCAGAGCCACCUGGCCUUCUUCCUGCACGUGCUGGGCCUGCUGGAGCUGCUGCAGCCGCAGGUGUUCCGGAGCGAGCACCAGGGGGCGCUGUGGGACUGCCUGCUCUCCUUCGUCCGCCUGCUCCUGAACUACAGGAAGUCCUCCCGCCACCUGGCCCCCUUCAUCAGCAAGUUCGUGCAGUUCACCCACCAGUACAUCACCCACAAUGCCCCGGCGGCUGUCUCCUUCCUGCAGAAGCACUCUGACGCGCUCCACGACCUGUCCUUCGACAGCAGCGACCUGGUGAUGCUCAAGUCCCUCCUUGCGGGGCUGAGCCUUCCCAGCGGGGGUGGCAGAGCCGACCGAGGCCUGGACGAGGAGGGCGACGACGAGAGCUCGGCGGGCUCCCUGCCGCUGGUCAGCGCGUCCCUCUUCACCCCUCUGACGGCGGCCGAGAUGGCGCCCUACGUGAAGCGGCUUUCCCGGGGCCGGACGGUCGAGGAUCUGCUGGAGGUUCUGAGCGAUAUAGACGAGAUGUCCCGGCGGAGACCUGAGAUCCUGGGCUUUUUCUCGACCAACCUGCAGCGGCUGAUGAGCUCACCUGAGGAAUCCAGCCGCAACCUGGCCUUCAGCCUGGCCCUGCGCUCCAUCCAGAACAGCCCCAGCAUCGCAGCCGACUUCCUGCCCACGUUCAUGUACUGCCUGGGCAGCCGGGACUUUGAAGUGGCGCAGACGGCGCUCAGGAACCUGCCGGAGUACACCCUCCUCUGCCAAGAGCAUGCGGCCGUGCUGCUGCACAGGGCCUUCCUGGUGGGCAUGUACGGCCAGGUGGACACCAGCGCCCAGAUCUCCGAGGCCCUGAGGAUCCUGCAUAUGGAGGCGGUGAUGUGAGCCCGUGCCACAGCCCGCCUGCUGCACAGUCCUGGCCUCAGCUCGUCAAUGGGAGUCCCCCAGGCCAAGCCCUGGAGGCCUCUGCUCCGCUGGCCGUCUCUUCUGGAGGGGGCGCUGUGCACGGGUGGGGGCAGCACAGAGCCCAUGGCCAUGGCUCCCAGCCAGAAGGCGAUGGGGGUGGCCGUCACCCUGCCUGCAAAGUGACGGGGGACACAGCCCAGCGGGGAGGAGAUCCUGAUGUCUGCGGCUCAGAGUUUGAAAUGAAACGUUGUGAACUCCCUGA